UUUAUCUUCCGUUGACGCUUUUUUCUUCCGAUUCUAGUUUCGCCGUUAAUAGCGCUGAAAAUCACCUUUUGAAUUUUCAGCUGUUUCUCGCAGUAGAAGCUGUAAUAUUUGGUAAAAUUUUGAGCUUUUCUGUUUGUCGACUUUUUGAUGAACUUUGGUUUGACGAGUUUGAGGUUUAGAGAAAAGAGUCAUAAAAGUGUAGACCAAAAAAUAAAACCUCUUUUGAUUGGAUCAUAAGCUUGUCUGGGUUUGAUUGUUUUUUGAAAGAAACAACUCUAUGCUGAAGUCAGUGUACUUGAGUUCAGUUCACAAGCUUUUGAUUUUAAUUUUGAUUCAAAAAAUUUGUUGGAUUCAAUCAUUAAAUUUCCAAAUUUGAUCUUGUUUUUUCUAUUAACUCGAUUUGAUAAUUUCCUAGUGUUGUGGUUCAUUGCAAGAAAAAGGUAGAGAUUUUUCAACAAAAAAAAUGGCAGUUUCUCUUUCUGGGUUCCCGUGGUGGUUUCGGAGUGUUGGGAAGAAAGAUAAACAACUUAUUUUAAAUGAGUCUUCUUUGAACUCUUCAUCGUCUUCUUCUGACACUGUUAAGUUCCAAACAAAGAUAGCCCCUUCAAAGGGAAAGCGGCCAGCUUGUGAGAAGACAAGGGUGGUUCAAUCGGAUGGUUUGCUUUUAUCUGGAUAUGAAUCUGAUGGUCCAGAAUGGUCGAUUGGAUGGGAAGAACCCCAUGGUCCUGGUUUUCAAGUUGAUGAGGAUGAUGAUGAUGGUGGAUUUGUUGUGCUGGUUCCUUGUUAUAAGCGUGGUUGCAAAGAACUUGUACAAGGCCCUAAUAACCAGCUCUCGAGUGCAAUCAAGAAUUUAUUUGUUAGGUACUUUGAAGGUGUUGAGAACUUUGAAGUUGAUACAGAUUUUGCAAGGCAGUGUCAUAAUUCAUAA